UAAAGCUCUAAAAAUAGGCUCUGGAUUCUAAUCAUUCCGAUAAAGAAUGUAGUGAAAAAAGGCUUAAUCUUUGUUGUUAUUGUUAUUUCAUCGACAUGUCCUUGUGCUCAUACUAGUUUAUAGUAUCGUAUACAUUUAUAUCCUUUAUUCUAGCAUACGCAAGUUUGUAUAAAGAGCACAGAAAGUCAUAUUUUCCUGGACAAACUGAAGGAAGUUUUGUGUUAAGGUCUUUUUUUUUCUUCCAGUGACUGAAACACGCGGUAGAGCCGGUAUUACAAGAUGGAGAGGAAAGUGCUUGCUCUUCAGGCGAGGAAGAAAAGGACCAAGCCGAAAAAACCUGGAAAAAAACCUGAUCCCCACCCGCGGGGAGCUGCUCAAUCAGACUCCGCGCUGCAGGAGCAAGAGGAGGAGAUUUUGGGCUCUGACGAUGAGGAACAGGAAGAUCCCAAUGACUACUGCAAGGGUGGUUAUCAUCAUGUGAAGAUCGGAGACCUGUUCAACGGCCGGUACCAUGUGAUCCGCAAGUUGGGCUGGGGGCAUUUCUCCACUGUGUGGUUGGCAUGGGACAUUCAGGGAAAGCGCUUUGUGGCAAUGAAGGUAGUGAAGAGUGCAGAACAUUACACUGAAACAGCUCUGGAUGAGAUCAAGCUCCUGCGUGCGGUGCGAACCUCAGACCCGAACGACCCCAGCGGAGAGAAAGUAGUGCAGCUGCUGGACGACUUCAAGAUUUCAGGCGUCAAUGGCACUCAUGUGUGUAUGGUUUUUGAGGUUCUUGGUCACCACUUGCUCAAGUGGAUCAUCAAAUCAAACUACCAGGGUUUGCCCUUACCCUGUGUUAAAAGCAUCAUUCGUCAGGUUCUGCAGGGUCUGGACUAUCUGCACACAAAGUGCAAAAUCAUCCACACGGACAUAAAGCCAGAGAAUAUCUUAAUGACUGUCGAUGAGUCAUACAUCAGGAAGCUGGCAGCCGAGGCCACGGAGUGGCAGAAAUCUGGAGCUCCUCCACCAUCCGGCUCAGCAGUAAGCACAGCUCCGGCUCCAAAACAGAUGGUGAAAAUGUCUAAGAACAAAAAGAAGAAGCUGAAAAAGAAGCAGAAGAGGCAGGCCGAGCUGCUCGAGAAACGCAUCCUGGAUAUCGAAGGACUAGAGAGAGUGAACGAAGGGGGCGAGGAUGAGGAGGACGAGGAAACGGAAACCCCUGACACAAUUCCAACAGUAGCCAACAGUCAGACUCUGCAGGACAUCACAGCCGAGGCCACCCUGGAUGGAGUUCCCGAACCCUGGUCUGAGCACAGAGAAUCCACCAUGGAUGGAAGCUUUAAAAGCCAGCACCCUGAGGAACAAAAGCCUGCUGACGUGCAGCAGCAAGAGAAGGACGAAACUCCUAUCAACCCUUACGGCAACGUCGCAGGAGAGGUGGAGCCCCAGCCCGUAAACCCCUACCCAGUGUGUAACGGGACAACACCCGGCGAGCCUGGCUGUCCUGAUGGUAAUGGACCUUUGCUUUGUGAAGUCUUUGAGUCGCAGCAGAAACAGGACACACUGGAUACAAAGAAUCUGAACACCUGUAACACUGUAAACGAGUGGGAGGUGGAGUCGAGACCCAAGAAAGAGGCGGAGUCCAGUGCACAGGCAGGCCCAGACAUGGAGGACGCAGUUAAUCUCGCUGCAGGAAAUCUCUUGGUAAACCCUCUGGAUCCUCUGAACGCUGACACGCUCCAGGUGAAAAUUGCUGACCUGGGCAACGCCUGCUGGGUGCACAAACACUUCACGGACGAUAUUCAGACACGGCAGUAUCGUUCUCUGGAAGUACUAAUCGGUUCAGGCUACAGCACACCAGCAGACAUCUGGAGCACAGCAUGCAUGGCGUUUGAACUUGCCACAGGGGAUUACCUGUUUGAACCGCACUCAGGAGAGGAUUACUCCAGAGACGAAGAUCACAUUGCACUGAUCAUUGAGCUGCUGGGAAAGGUUCCUCGUAAACUCAUCAUGAAUGGCAAAUAUUCAAAGGAGUUCUUCACCAAGAAAGGUGAACUGAGGCACAUCACUAAGCUGAAGCCGUGGGGACUUCUGGACGUGCUGGUGGAGAAAUAUGAGUGGCAGCGGGAGGAGGCGCAGGUUUUCAGCAGCUUCCUCCUCCCCAUGCUGGACCUGAUUCCCGAGAAAAGAGCCACGGCCGCCGAGUGUCUCCGCCACGCCUGGAUCUCAUCGUAGUAGACGAGUGGGAAGUUACACAUGCACAAAGAUACUCACCUCUGAUAAAGACUAACAGUCUGGUCAAAUGGCACACUUCGGUUCGUGACGGAGUAUGAAAGGGUCCAAUCAAACAGAAGUAAUGGAUAUUUAUUUCUUGUAAUGUUCCUUUCUUAUGUACCAGGUGCAGAUCGAUGUAGCCGUUUUGGCGCUUUUUUCCUCUCUUCGUGCCGACAGCGUCUAACAACAUGCUUGUUUUCGUAUGAAGGGUACAAUAGCAGUUUAACAAUGCAAGUAAAAAAAACUUCUGUAAAUUUGCUUUAGUCGUAAUCAGUCUCUCUUUUUUGACACAAGACCGUGCUCUUUUGGCAGUAUUGAAGGAAGCUCAAAUGUUCUGUCUCUGCUGUGAAAAGGUUGGUCGCUUGUUGUUUUUUAAUUCAUUUUCUUUCUGUAUAGUUUUUUCAUUACAGCACAGGCUGCAUGAAACAUACGAAUGAUUAACAGGGACGUUGAUGGCGGCUAUGACCUGGCUGCAAAUGGGUAUUAACUGUAUAAACAGAUGUGAAUUUUCAGCUUAAUGAUUUCCAGCUGUGUGAGUGUCACUUUUUGUAAUAUGUAACUAAAAAAAUCUUAAAAGUGUUAAAAAAAAAAAAAAAAAAAAAAGGCACAACUUGGGGUGUUAGACUGUCAGCGUGCAAGAACCAAUUUCAUAUUCGCAGUGUGGAUGAGGUGAACGUCUUCAGAGCCGGUGGAGUCAUAGGGAGAAAAAAAAUUGUGUUUUGUAAAUACAUGUACCAAAGAGUUGGCACUCUUCUUCAGUGUCUGUAUUGUUGAAUUCAUGCAUUGCUUUGCUCAAUGGUUUGAUGGCAAUGUUUGAGUAACCGAUACGAAGAUGCCUUGAUAAAUAGCUUCUCUGAGGUUUGUGGGAUUCUCCUACUGAUGUUGCUCGAAGCAGGAUUAUUUUUUAUGUGUAAAUGAACGUAAGGUAAUUUUAUCGUGAAGGACCCGGACCUCUGCUUGCUUUUUUUGUAUCGAAAGGCUUUCAUCUUUGACCUGUUUCCACAAGCACGUCCUUUUCUCUCUAUUUUUCUCAGCCGCUAAGCUCUCGAUUGUACGCCGCUUCAAUUAAACCCUUUCUGUAGUUGUUACGAAUAAAGACUUUAAAGUCGCA